AUGUUGGAACAGUUCUGGGUGUUCGCCAAAGCGGCCGAGACUGUCUUUUCGGAGCCGCUCGGCUACCAGAUGGGUUUGGGUCGAUGCGAGAAAGUUCAUCGCUCAAUUUCAUGGGCAAAGCGGCGCAAGGCUAUCGCCGGAUGUGCAGGCUCCCGUGCAAAGCCGCUCUCCACCGUGGACAACGAGAUCCUUUCGGCAGAGGAGCGGGCUCGUCUCCAGUGGGUGUCCUUUCGGACAAACAUCGCGGUGCCAUCUAUCGACACCGCUCCCCUCAAGGCGCUCGGGAAGGAAGUCUUCACACAACGGGGCAAGCCGCUCAAAGAAGCAGAUCCAAUUCUCAUCGAGCUCGUGAUGGCAAUGGAGAAAGUUGCCGACGAUCAGAUGCCGAACCCUACUCGGAUCUUCCUAUGGUGGACGUUAUGCAUGAUCUUCGCAUCCCUGAGGUUCGAUGAUGCUAUCCAUGUCAAGCCGCACGAGCUCGAGGUGAAGCCUGAGGGUCUGUUCGGCGUCUCUUGGCAAACCAAGAGUGAACGCAAAAGACGGGGAACUAAGUUCGUGGUCCCCGACGUUUCGUUCUCGAAGCACUCUUGGUUCAAGUCCGGCCUUGACCUCUUCGAGCUGGAGUUCGCUCUCGUAGAGCGCGAUUUUUGGAUACCAGAUCUGGAGUCGAAGACGCAGUGGCGAACGACUCCGCCGGACUAUGCGCGAUCGCUGCAAUGGCUGCACCAUUUGGUCUGGCACGCGGGCAAAGAAGCGGGUGCCAGUCAAGAAGCUCUGCAAAAGGUAACAGCUCUUACAUGGCACUCGGCCCGGGUUACCGUGCUCGAUCAGGCAGUUCACUGUAAGCGCGCCCAGCAAGCGAUCGGGGUGCAAGCGAGCUGGAAAAAUCCAGGUCCGCUCGUGCUCAAGUACACCCGAUCGCGCUCCUCUCUGCCUGCUCUCAUGAUCAAAGAUCUGGUCUCCGAGGUCUCAAAGGAAUAUGAGCCCGAAUGCGCUCGCGAAGACGACGCUAUCGACGACCCCGAGGAUCACGGCGACUGUCUGACGGAGUUCUUCAUUAAAGAGAUCGCUUGUAAGCGCGAGAUCACCUCAGAGUUCGUGCAUAUAGGGUCGGUUCUUCCUGACCCGAAGUGUUCGCUGAAUCGCUCGCGUUUCGGCUCACUUUUAGACAAGAUCCCAGAACUCGCGCUGCGGCAGAUCUUCGGUCGACAGAAGCUGCCUGAGGACCUAUGUCUGCUGCUCGCCGACAAAGGCAUGCUCUCGGUCGAGCGGGUGGCUAUGUUGCUCGCGGCAAUCUGGAAGUCAUCUUCCACGUUACAAGAACAUGUCGCCACUCGGCGGGCGAAGAUGGAGGAAGAUCCCUCCAAGAUCCCGGAGAUCCCUGGAGAAGAUCACCCGGAGUUUCGGGAGAUCUUCGUAAACCAGCACCCUGACGUGAUUCUCACUUAUAUGCGCGAGCCGCACCGGAAGUUCGUCGAGCGCACCCAUCGUGACUACAUGGUCCACGGGGCGGUCGCCUUCUACGAGGUCACAGAGAUGCGCUCUCGAUCUGAUCAGAUCGUAUCAACUUCCGGGCUCUCCAAAACCUCCGAUGAUCUGCUCAGGGUCGUCCAGCAUGACAACAAAAUCUCUGCUACAUCCGAGGGCAGUGUGAUGGAUCGACUUCAUGCUUUUUUCGUGGUCUAUAAGCUCUCGAAUGGCAAACGGAAGGACUUCCCUACCUUCUCGUCAGCUCUCAAGGAAGUUCUCAAGAACCACAAGCAGCUCUGGAACGCGCGCGAGCUCGCCAAAGACAAGGACAAAGAUAAGUCAGGCAAGCCGUCAGGAGGCGCUAAGCUCACAGCUCGUGCCGAUCGUGACCCUCGCAUCCCCGAGAAGGCCCUGGGCGACACGCUCCACAGACCGCCGGGGGACUUCUCCCCUGAACAGGCAAAGUCGUCUCAGACAACUUUGUCGGCGACGACAUGUGAAGCUCCUUUUCAGAAGCUGAGUUCGGCUGCUCUUUGCUCAACCCCUCCGUCGUCUGCCUGGUCGCAAGUGCCUACGGAUCCAUAUCUGGUGCGAGAUCUCGGCCCUUGGUGCCUGGAGCUCUUCGCUGGCAGCGGCGUCUUCACUGCUCACCUACGCCAACGAGGUCUUCGGGUUCUACCGCCGAUCGACGUCCUGCAGUCUUCGGAAGUCACUGAGCAACGAGAUCUCCUGGACGGCGACUUUUUCGAGCAACUGUUGCUAUUGGCGCGCAUGGGCGCGAUCGGCUUUCUGCACGUGGGCCUGCCUUGCUCUACGUUCAGUCAGGCUCGUCAACGUCCCGGUGGUCCGCGGCCGUUGCGCUCCCGAUUAAUGCCGCUCGGUCUGGAGCACAGAUCUGCUGCGGAAGAGGAUCAACUUUUCGCGGCCAAUGAGCUCUUGAAUCGAUCCCUGCUGCUCAUGCACUCAGUGAUCAACUCAGGGGGCGACUUCUCUCUCGAGAACCCCCUUAGCAGUCUCCUUUGGCAAGUCCCCGCAGUUCAACAACUUAAAGUUCGACACCGCCUGUACAACGUGGAUUUUGAUCAGUGCGAGUUCGGUGCCACUUCCAAAAAGGCCACACCUCUCUUGGUCAGCAAUGCGCUUUUUCUACAGCUCUCGCGCACAUGUUCAGGUGAUCAUCUGCACGUUCUGCUCAAGGGUAAGGUUCGUGGUUCCGAUGGCCACCUCAUCUUUGCGACCAAGCCGGCGCAGAUCUAUCCUGUCGGUCUUGCGCUCGCGUGGUCCGCAGUGGUGGAGCAGAUCCUCCAAGGGACUUUGCCGCAGUUCGCGCGGUCUUUCGACUUGGUCACCGAGCCCGCUGAUCGGAAGCGGAAGAUUGGUGAGUCUGUUCCUUGGCAAGGUCACAGACAGGAGCAAGCUGCUCGCCUUGCAGCCGCCAGUGGCUACCAGCUCAAGCGAGGCGCAGCCAAGCCGCUCCUCGAGAUCGAGUCUGAACCAGGCGUAGCUAUUCGCUGGACUCUUCAGAUCACACAUCCGUUCACAGUCCAGCCGGAGAUCCCUGCCGAGAUCUCCGACAACAUCAACGCCAUCUCGUCUGCGCCCUUACCUCUCGUGGAUAGGCGCUUGCGAGAUCUGCAGUACUGGAAGGAUCGCGCCGCAGCUUUUGUGCCGGAAACUGAUCAGGAGCUCCGCCCGAUCCCCGAUGCUGCUCUGCGCCGUCUUCUUCGAGGGAGGCCAGAUUAUGCCGAUCUGCAGAUGGGGUCCUUUACCCAUGUCAAGCUCUAUGACGAGUUGCUCGAAGCCUCCGGCUGCGCUGGCGCUGACCGUUCUCUUGCGCACGGUCUGCGCACUGGGUUCCCGAUUCCGAUCGUUGGGCCUAUCCAGCGAUCUGGACGAUGGCCUGAGUACCCGAAACGUCAAGAUCCCGUUAAGGUCUCUGAGGCGGAAUCUCGGGCCUGGGAAUUUCGCAGAAAGAUCUUUCGAAGAUGUAGUGCCGUUCCGGUCUCUGACAAUUUGCGCUCGCUAUGGAAGUCUACCAUGGAGGACGUCGCGGAAGGCUCGACCGUGGGUCCUUUUCAGAGCGAAGAGGAGGUGACUCAGUUUCUGGGCUGUGACGAUUGGAUCCCGACGCAGAGGUUCGAGGUCGUUCAGAAGAAUAAGGUCCGAGGCUGUGAUAGCGCCACCUCCAACUUGAUCAACAAGACGGCGGUGAUCACCGAAAAGCUGCAGCUACCGUCUACGGAUCUCAAUGUCGCAGUUCUUCGCGAGCUCAGGACUAGGGCUGGAGAUCGUCGUCUUCAAGGCUGGGUGCUCGACGAGAGGAAAGCCUAUCGACAGCUGCCGAUCUUGCCGCAACACCGCAAGUUCAGCGUGAUGUGCCUGAAGGAUCCCGAUGACGAUCGUCCCAAGUACUUUGUCAUGAUCGGCCACUCCUUUGGUUUGGUCUCUGCGGUCUACAACUAUAACCGUCGCUCGGCCGCUCUGAAUGAUAUCUUUACCCGUUUGUUCAGGAUGGUGUCGUUCAAUUUCUAUGACGACAAGUACGGGUUCGAGACCGAACUCACCGCUCCUUCGGCGAAGUUCGUUGCCGAAACCAUUCAUUGGCUCCUGGGCCCGUCUUUCGACCAGAAGAAGCUUCAGGUCUCGUUUCUCCCGGUGGUUCUGGGGGUUACCUUCAACCUCGAGGACUUUCUCCUUGAGAUCAAGGAGGAAAGGAAGGCCGAGCUCGUUGAACCGAUCGACGCGAUCUUGGACUCCGGCACUUUAGAUCCCGGAACGGCCGGCACAUGUUCGGAUCAAGCCAGCUCUGGGGCAAAGUCGGUCGAGCUUUCUUCCGUCCCCCUCUCGGAGAGGCAGUACUCUAAGGAUCUCAGUGGCGAUCGCAUGGACCUCAAUGAGGCGUUGAAGCGUUCGCUGAUCUACUGGCGGGGCCUCAUUGAGUUCGGCCCACCCAAGGAGAUCUCUUUACGGGCUUCCAAGAGGUCGGAUAUAGUGAUCUUCACGGAUGGCUUUACUCCUGAUCAGAGGAAAGCUGAAUGCGGUCCUGAUCGGAUCGGAGCCGUGAUGUUCGAUAGGAGGGGUCUCGCGCCGAAACAGUUCACUGAGGUGAUCCCUCGCUCGAUCUCGGAGAAGUGGAUCCCGCGGAAGACUCAGAUCGUCCCCAUCGAGAUGAUCGCUCCUAUCUUGGCUCUCGAAACUUUCCGAGAUCAUGUUCGGAACAAGGAUGUGAUUCUUCUAAUCGACUCGGAGGCUGUAGAGGCAUCCUUGGUCAAAGGAUAUUCCUCCAAAGAAGAUCUUUGCGAGCUCGUUGAACUCUUCUGGGAGCUCUUGCUCGAAUAUCGAGCCAAUUUCUUUAUUGAUCGAGUUUCAACAGAUGCCAACUUUGCCGACUGGCCGUCAAGAGAUCAUCUUGAAAUCGGUGAGUCGGCGGGCUGGGAGACGGUUUUAUGCUCGUGGCCUGCGGCUCUGGCUUGA